ACGUGUCAACAGAGGAGGAAGUUACCAGUCCAGAAUGGACUCCUUCCCCAAAUGUUCUGUUUGUCAGCAGCAGUUUACCCUGAACGGCCCCGCCCCCUACCUACUGCCCUGUCUACACGGAGUGUGUGAGACAUGUGUGACAUCUGCAGCUGGUGGUGUGAUAUCAUGCUCUACUUGUCAGAGGGAGGUCAACCUCACAGACAUAAGCCUCCAGAAGGAUGCAGUGAGACAGAAGGAAAUAUUCCAUCUGACGGUCAAACAUCGCCCCACAGAGCUUCUCUGUACACAUGAAGAUGACGGCAACCAGGCUGUGUGCUGGUGUCAGGACUGUGACGAGUUACUCUGUGAAUACUGCCAGAACAUGCACAGCAACUUCAAAGUUACCAGAAGCCAUGUAGUCCAAAACUUCUGUGACUUGGAACCGACUGUCUCGGCCGUUCCCAAAUUUUGCAGUAUCCAUAAAUACGACCCCCUCUAUCUGUUUGAUAACAGCUGCAAGAAAUUAAUCUGUGCGAGAUGUAGAAUUGAAGAUCAUGCCGACCACGAAGUUGAGAAGGUUGAUGUGGCUGCUGAAACUGUAACGAAACAACUGGGAUAUCAUAAGAAUGAACUAUCAAUGUUACAGACUCGCUACCAGGCAACCAUGCAGAGUAUCAGGCAAGGAACAGAAUCCACUGACGAAACACACAUUUCUUUGAAAGAAAAUAUUCGUCACAUUUUCGAAUCUUUGAGAUCACAACUUGAUCAAAGAGAGGAGGAACUUCUCAUUGAUCUAGAAAAUCAUACGAAGGAGACAAGGGCAGCACAGCAUGUUCUUCUCACCGCCUGUGAAGAAGACAAGAAGACCUGCACCAUGGUGUUAGAUUACAUCAAUAAUGUCUUCCUCUUUGCCUCAAAGUCAGACAUCCUAGGCCUGGAGAGAUAUGUUGGGGAGAUGACUCGGACCUGCCUAGACAAUGCCGCGCCUCAAACAUAUGCAGUACCCACAGCUGUCUUCAACACCAACAGUUUGUCUAAACUGAAAGCGAUUGUAUCAGGAUUUGGUGCCAUUUUGACGAUGGAUAUGGACGGAAAAUCGGAAAUAAUUGCUGACAGGGGUACUCAGACUGACGAUGACUUUCUGGCAGACGUGGAAAUGAAACAUAAAAUGGACAUGAAAGAACUAAAGACGAAAAUCGACUCAGACGAAAAGCACAUUGAAAGCCUUACAAAGCUGACAGACAAGCUCAAUUCAGAAAUCGAAAGCUUGAAAUCACGCAUUGAUGAGAAAGAAGCCAUUGAGAAGAAGGAUGCCAAUACAAUAGAUCUCUUGCUUGAUACUGCCAGAGAAUGUGGUGUUCAUCUGCUGAAGCCAGGAGCUGUAGACAGGUCUUUCAUGCUGAAGUGUAUACCGCUAAAGUAUGAUAAAGCCAGCGUCAAUCUCGACUACGUCCACAUCAACACAGAAGGAUACCUGGUCAACAGGAAGUCGGACACAAGGCCUGAAGGGGAAGGGGGACUGAAGAAGUACCGGGGCACAUGCAGUACUGUCCCCCUCCUCAUGGAUGGGUGUCCUCAGUACUGGGAAGUAGAGAACAUGGUCAGUGUGGACAAACCGCUCUCAGAGAACUUGUUCAUCCUGGAGGUUGGAGUAUGUAGGGAGGAGCAAAGGGACGUGCUUCACUGGAUAGGUGGACGUCCUCACACUUACUGUAUGACCGUCGCCGACUGUAUUACAGACGGCGGGAUAUGCAGGAGGAUAGGGAAGGAGGGGAAUCGUGUGCUGCAUCUGCCGGACACUCUCCCCAACACAGCAGGGGCACCACACACACUACAUUACGGUGUUGUCUAUGAUGGCGCCAGGAAGAAGAUUGUCUUCAUUGAUGUGAAGGAGAAGAAAGUCAUGUCGACGUUAGACAAUGUAGACUGCAGUGAACCACUGUGGCCGAUGUUCGGGGUGUAUAACCCAGAGUGCAUAACUGUCAGCAUGAGACUUGUAGUGGGCAGCGACAUCAACAUGACGGAGGAGAAGAAAGCGAUGAUUGUCAAGGCGCUGUCGUGAUGGUGACAGUGAUGGUGAUUUGAACUCACAGACUCUCGAAUUAAAUUCUACUAAGGAACACUUCAUAACAUGAUAACAUCUUCUCUAUGAAAAAAGACGUUUACAAUGAUCACGUACAUUGCAUCGCCAUGUUUUUACAUACACCUCUCUCAAAGUGUACUAUACUCCUCACACAAAAUUAGUAUUUUCAGUGUAAUAUCUUUAUCAAUGUCGAUAGUGAUUUUUGCCGGCAUGUUACUGAAAGGUAAAUAUUCAAAGAAUACAUAACCUUUAGUUACUGUCAAAUUUAAUUAUCUGAUAACAUUGAUAACAUCCCCCGAACACAACCACCCUCAGAAACAACAAGCAAACUGUGUGGCAUGAAUGUGCUUCACAUUUCACACAUGCAAUCUGGUCGGUUAAAACCUACCUGUAAUUAUUCCUCUGGUACAACAAGCAGGUCCUAACUAUAUUUCUAUGGAUAAUAAUGCCUGUCCAUGGAUGAUAAUGCCCGAGAAGUUUGUGUUGCUUAAUGUUUGUGAGGAGUAUAUUUACACAACACAAAGCCAGUAGUAGCUUACAAUGUACUGCCCUAAUGAGGAAGAACAUCCAGCACGGAUAAUUAUGAAGUGACACGACAUGCAGGAAUAUGUGUGCGUGUUCAGCAUAGUUAAAACAAUUAAAAAAAAUACUAGAAAAUGUGUUCUUGUUAAAAUUCCGUAUAUCAAUAAGAAAGUUCACGUUAAUAAAGUGAUGCAAGCACAUAUUGCAAUA